AACGUAAACGCGAUUAAACUGACGUAUUCCUUACAAAUCGAUCAUUUAAAUCGUAAAAACAGUGCAAGAGUUUUCGUGGUAAACGUUAGUCGAGAAGGAGAGGAAUCGAUCGGAGGAUAUGCAGAGGGACUGUGCGCGAGAACGAUUGGUGUCCGUUCGCCUUCUGCCACACAUAUUGCUGGGAAUUACUUGCUACUGUGAAGGACACUGUCCAGAUGACCGACAAAACGGUACUUGCGAAGGAAGACCCGGUGGACAUUGUUUUAGCGCCGUAGAAGAAGUAUGGGAUGCGGAACUCGGAGAAUAUGUUCCAGAAUGGUCCUUUGGAUGUUUGCCACCGGACGAACAGGGUUUCCUGCAAUGCAAAGGCUACCUCGUUCCACAUCUACAAGGAAAAAACAUAAUUUGUUGCAACAAGACAGCUCUGUGUAACAAGGAGUUAUUUCCAGAGUACAAGCCUCGUCCCACCGCAGCACCAGAUCCUAUAGCUAUUGCUUCUGGAGCACCACUCAUCAUACUAGCUGCUUCAUUAUCUGUGUGUUUAACUGUUAUUUUGAUAGCAAUGGUGAUCAUAUAUCAUAGGUAUAGAAGAAAAGAAAGGGGCCCAUGCUUAGUACCUUCUCAAGGAACGCUUAGAGAUUUUAUAGAUCAGAGUAGUGGAUCAGGUUCUGGACUACCUCUUUUAGUACAAAGAACUAUAGCUAAACAGUUGGCUUUAUCACAGUGCGUGGGAAAAGGUAGAUAUGGUGAAGUAUGGCUUGCACGAUGGAGAGGAGAAAAAGUGGCAGUGAAGGUUUUCUUCACUCUGGAAGAAGCAUCUUGGUUUCGUGAAACUGAAAUCUAUCAAACUGUUCUAAUGAGGCAUGAUAAUAUCUUAGGCUUCAUUGCCGCCGAUAUUAAAGGAACAGGAUCUUGGACUCAAAUGUUAUUAAUUACAGACUAUCAUGAAAGAGGUUCUUUACAUGAUUAUUUACAAACCACCGUGCUAGACCAUGCAGGCUUAUUGGCUAUCUGUCUUUCCAUUGCAUCGGGUAUCGCUCAUCUACAUACAGAAAUUUUUGGAACUCGUGGAAAACCAGCGAUAGCUCACAGAGAUAUCAAAAGCAGAAAUAUCUUAGUCAAAAGAAAUGGUGAAUGUGCAAUUGCUGACUUUGGUUUAGCUGUACGUUUUAUAAGUGAAAGCGGAGAAAUCGAUAUUGCGCCUAAUACGCGAGUAGGAACCAGAAGGUACAUGGCUCCAGAAGUGUUGGAUGAAAGUUUGAACACAUCGUCGUUUGAUGCUUUCAAAAUGGCAGACAUGUACUCUGUAGGAUUAGUUUUAUGGGAAGCAUGUAGACGUUGUGUAACAGGUAGUAAGAAUUCUAUUGUGGAACCAUACGCGUUGCCUUAUCACGACGUUGUCCCAAAUGAUCCAGAUUUUGAAGACAUGCGAUUAGCUGUAUGCAUAAAACGUUUGCGUCCUGUUAUUCCUACGAGAUGGGAUAAUGAUCCAAUACUGUUUGCGUUGAGUAAACUAAUGGCAGAGUGUUGGCAUGCAAAUCCUGCUGUGCGUUUAACAGCACUUCGUGUUAAAAAGACAAUGUCAAAAUUACAUAUUGACAAUGCCAUUAAGAUUGUGUAGUGCUUGGCAACGUUACUCAAAACUGUUAUUCUCAUCUCCUAGAUAAAAAAAAUAUGUUUAACCCCUUGUAAAUAUGCCCUUUGUGUACAUAGAACUAUUGACAGACUGCAGCCUGAAGACUGAGUACUAAAAUUUACAAAUACAUAAAGAUGGACAAGAAUGUGCGUGCAUUGCGUCUGCAUCUGCAUCUCCGUUUGUAUGUAUGUGUGCGUGUAUGUAUGAUGAACGAAAAUUGUGAAUAUUUGAAAGUAAUUACGAAUGUGACCGUGAUAUAUAUAUAUAUAUAUAUAUAUAUAUAUAUAUAUAUAUAUAAUAUAAUAUAAAUUAUAUAUAUAAAUUAUAUAUAUAUAAUUUUUUUUCCCGUGAAUCGCGCCAAAGCCAUGCUUUUGCCAAAGUUUUGGCGCGUUUCACUGUAUUAAAGUUGAUUGAGUAUCUAAUCAACGAAGGCUACUACUUAGAUACAAAACUAUAAUUAUUUCCACAAAGAUGUUCAUUUUAAACAUGAAGAAAGCUGUUUAUAUAUUUGGAAAUAGAUCCAGCAUAUAGUAAAAAUACAUAUAGGUAAUAUGAAACUCAUUUAAAGAUACAUAAUUAGGAUGUACUAAAACAAACCGCGUAUAUGCAAAUGCCUGUUCUUUUACAUCUAUCUUAAUUACUAUAAGAGAUUACAUAAACCUAAGAGAUUAUGAAAUAUUUCAGUACUUUCAAAAAAUACCUAUAUGAAUAAUAGUAUUUCAAAAAAGUAUGUCUAUAAUUGUCUCGAUUUUUAAUAUAUCAAUGUAUGCUAGUUCUGUUUCUGAAUAUCUUUAGAGGCAAUUGCUUUUAUGGAGAUUAGUUAUGGUUAUUAAUUAUGAAAAUUAAUACAAAUUCUUACAAAAUAUAAAAAAUGAAAAUCGAUAUUAAAUAUUAUUCCAUUGAGAAAAAUGGAAGUACAAGACAAAGGUUUAUUGUUUUUCUUAUGUCUCUGAUUGUAUAAUAAUGUUAUGGCUUUUUUGUUAUUUGAUACAAAUCAUGUGAUUUUUCGUCUACUUGCAUUGGUUUUUUAUUAUAUUGUAAUUAACAAACAUCGACCACUGCAGGAUAGUAUAAUUUAUUAUUCUUUUAAAUGUAACAACACAUAUUUUUUUAUCAACUUUUAACUAAUUUAAUAGAAAAUUCUAUAUAUUGUAAAAUGCAAGCAGUGAGAAAGUACUUUGAAAACAUAAUUUUACAAAUUUACAAAGAUUUUUUAGAUAAUUAUUAUGGCUUGUGUAUUACCAUAGGUAAUUAUACUUUGACUUAAAAGAACGAUAAAUCAACGAUAAACUUAAAGAAUUAAAUAAUAUACCAGUUAAAAGUUAAUAUAUCGUAUCAUCGAAAUUGCUUCUUGUCAUUUUGUUCUAUAAGUUUCAAAUGCCAUAAACUAAUCUGUAUUACCUGUACAGUAUAUAAUUUAGGUUUCUAAUUUGUACAAACAAGCAUAUUAAUUAAACUAAUAGCAAUUAAAAUGUUGCUGUAAUGUCAAAGAAUGAUUUUAAGUCUAUGGUUGUUAUACCAAACUAAACUAUAAAAAGUCAUACUUAUGAAGGUAAACUAAUGCAUCUUGCGCUUAAAUUAUAUAGCGAUCAAUCUUUUGCUACUAAAUAUUAUUAUUUUCCACUAUGAGGUAACGAGCAGCAUAGAACAAUUUAAAAUCAGGUAUUAAAUUGCAAAUUAUCUUUAUAGUGCAAUAAUCAUUAUGUUAUGUAAAAGAUAUUAUUUGUCAAAGUGAUAUGGUUUUUGCAUAUCUUUAUAAUAUCUAUUGCACUCAAUUGUAAAGAUUUUACCAUGAAAAAGUUGUUACUAUAAUUUUAUAAACUAUAAAGCCAGACUUUUGGUCGUUGACUCAACAUUGUUAUGUUAUUAAAUAUGAUUCCCAUGUGCUAUAAUAUGGGAAUAACUGUUGCAUAUUACCUUAUAUCUUCUGUAGGAAGAUCAUUGUAAUUAUAUUAAAAAUUGUAGUUAUUAGCUAGUUGAUUGAAAGUAAUGAAAUUUAUAUUUUUAACAAGUAUUAAACAAUAUCAUCUUUUUCCAGA